AUGACGGCAAAAUCGGCCAGGGAUGACCGGAAGCAAUAUUGGGCUGAAAUAGCGACCUCCAUGGAACAGGCCUCGAACGUUGGUGACACUCAAAAGCUCUACCGUCUGAUCCGCCAAGUUAGCGGUAAGCCCUCUACACUGAGUGACUCCGUUCGCGAUGUGAACGGCGGCUUUAUUGCUGACAACUCGGCAAAAGUCGGGCGCUGGCGUGAGCACUUUGAGCACCAUCUCAACUUCGAUACCCAACCUACCUCGCCCUUGCUCUCCUCUACAGCGGAGUUUCUUCCCUCUCCUGCCUAUGCAGUGCCAUGCGACACCCCCUCUGAAGGAGAAGUCGCCGAUGCCAUACGAAAGUUGCGCAACAAUAAGGUACCCGGAGAAGACGGUAUACCCGCUGAAAUCUUCAAGUCUUGUGUCGACAUUCUGACGCCCUGGCUCCAUGAGGUGAUUGAACUAGCGUGGAGAGACGAGGUUGUUCCUGAUGACUGGGGCUUAGGCAUCCUCGUACCUAUCCUCAAGAAGGGGAUAAGACGAGAUGCGAGAACUACCGCGGCAUAA